CACGCGCGCACACACAUGGGGUGGGGUGGGGUGGAGUGGGGGAGCCUGGCCCUGGCGAUGGCGCCCCCCUCCUCUUCUUUGACAAAAGGGCGGCCGCCGCAGGGAGGGAGAGAGGGAUCCAACGAUUUUCCAUGUGCGGAGAGGUUGCCUCGCCUCGCCUCGCCUGCCCCUACUCCCAGCAGCUCCAGCUCCAGCACACACCACAGCCCCCCAUCCAUCAUCCUCUUCCUCCGGCCCCUUCUCGCUCCUCGUUCUUGAUUGAUUGAUCGCCACCACCCCCACCCCGGUCCACCCUCUUCUUGCAACUGCUUCUUCUUGAUUGGUCCUGCUCCUACAGCCCACAUACGUAGCCGCAUUGCCCAAUUGAGGCGCCAAUUUGGAGAAAGAUCGCCGCAUUCAUGUGUCCCGGAGCUACACCCACCCACCGAAUUGGGGACUGGCAGUAGGUGUAGGUGAGGUCCAGCCAGCAUUAGCUGGGGGUUUAGAUUUGGGAGGGGGCUGCUUUGACCAUCUGUCAACCGCAGCGCCGCUGCUGCUUACUCUGACGGACAGAAAAUCCCCUCCUCCACUACUUGGCUGAUUCGAUGUCACCGGCACCCGGAUGUCACUGCCGAUCGCCGUCGUAGCCGGCAUUGCCGCCGGUGGAGCCGCCUUGCUCCUCGCGGUGGCCGUGGCGAUCGCGCUCUGGUGCCGGGCGCGCCUCAGGGCCAGGCGUAACCGGACCUCUGAGACAGGCUCCUCCGACCCUUCCACCUUAGUGGAGUGGGGCAAGGGGGGCCGAAGCUCCUCGGCGCCGGAGCACCAGGGCGCGAGGCACUUCUCCUUGGAGGAGCUGGCACUGGCGACCAACGACUUCAGCGAGGCCAACUUGGUCGGCGCCGGGAGCUUCGGCUUGGUCUACAAGGGGCUGCUUCUUGAUGGCUCCGUCGUCGCGAUCAAGAGGCGCAUAGGAGCACCCAGGCAGGAGUUUGCUGACGAGGUUAGGAGGCUUUCAGAGAUUUGUCAUCGGAAUAUCGUAACCCUCAUCGGUUCUUGCCAGGAAGCGGGUCUACAAAUGCUAGUGUUUGAAUUCUCGCCCAAUGGCAAUGUCUCUAGCCAUCUAUAUGAUUCAGGGAAAGGCUUCGCGACACGGCUUGAGUUCAAACAAAGGCUCGCAAUAGCCAUUGGUGCAGCAAAAGGUCUGAAUCAUUUGCAUUCUCUUAUGCCUCCUUUGAUCCACAAGAACUUCAAGACGAGCAAUGUACUGGUCGACGAAAAUUUCAUUGCAAAGGUGGCUGAUGCUGGACUUGUUAGGUUGAUUAGAGGAUAUGAAGAUGUCGGUUCCUCACAUGGGUUUAGCAGCAGCAUCUACCAAGACCCUGAGGCACACUCGGUGGCACAGUUAUCUGAAAGCAGCGACGUGUACAGCUUUGGAGUGUUCCUUUUGGAGCUAAUUACUGGCAGAGAAGCUGCUAGCUUGGCAUCUCAAGAAUCCAGAGAAUCUCUGGCCCAAUGGCUGGAAGCAAAGUUCAGUUCAAAUGAACUGAUUGACCCAAGGUUAGGUGGCGGUUUCACAUCGGAAGGUAUGAAAGAAUUUGUUGGCCUUGCUUUCCAGUGCCUGAACCCAUCCUCCAGAAGGCGACCGAAGAUGAGGCUGGUUGCGGCUGAGCUAGACCAGAUUCUGGAGACGGAGAUGUCCAUGACAACGAUAAUGGGCGAUGGAACCUCCAUCAUCACCCUUGGGAGCCAACUCUUCACGUCUUGAAGACGAAAGAUUGAUUGCAUGUCUGGUAUUUGAUGACAUGAUGAUUGUUUGUAGAGUCUAGCAGCUGUUGGUUAUGAUAAGUUGUACAGGCUCCGUGUUGCUGCGAAUUGAAUUACCAUGUAUGGUUGUUUUUUAGGCUUAUCAUGGUUAUAAUUAUUAUUUGGUAGGAGAGGCAAGAAGAAAUAGAGCUGUAUGUAUAUUUCUUUUUCUUCCUCCGAUUUCCUUUCAAUGAAAUUGUAUGUAGUUUUCAAGUUGUUUGUUCUGUUUUAAUCCCUCGAAGGGAUAUUGAUUUGA